GACAAGAUGGGAGACCCGAAGGCAGGUGGGACCCUAGGGUGGAGGUAGGGAGGUUGACCCCGCCGGGAGGAGCGCUCGUCUCGCCGGGGUGAGUCACCCGGCGCGGGCCACUCCGGAGCCGGCGGGAGGAGCCCGAGUCGAGCUUGCCAAGAGAAAGUAGGAUGAGUGGUGUUGAGAAUGGACUUAUGAGGACCCUGAGAGCCAUGGCCAUGCAGAAAAUCUUUGCUAGGGAAAUCCUAGACUCCAGGGGCAAUCCCACGGUGGAAGUGGACCUGCACACAGCCAAAGGUCGAUUUAGAGCAGCUGUACCCAGUGGAGCUUCCACGGGUAUCUAUGAAGCUCUGGAACUGAGAGAUGGAGACAAAUCACGCUACCUGGGGAAAGGAGUGCUGAAGGCUGUGGAGCACAUCAACAAGACACUAGGUCCUGCUCUUCUAGAAAAGAAACUAAGUGUUGUGGAUCAAGAAAAAGUUGACAAGUUUAUGAUUGAGCUGGAUGGGACAGAGAACAAAUCCAAGUUUGGGGCCAAUGCCAUCCUGGGUGUGUCCUUGGCUGUAUGUAAGGCAGGAGCAGCUGAGAAGGGAGUCCCCCUCUACAGACAUAUUGCAGACCUUGCAGGGAAUCCUGACCUCAUCCUCCCAGUGCCUGCCUUCAAUGUGAUCAAUGGGGGCUCCCAUGCUGGAAACAAGCUGGCCAUGCAGGAGUUCAUGAUUCUCCCAGUGGGAGCUAGCUCUUUCAAGGAAGCCAUGCGCAUUGGUGCUGAGGUCUACCACCACCUCAAAGGGGUCAUCAAGGCCAAGUAUGGGAAGGACGCCACCAAUGUGGGGGACGAGGGUGGCUUUGCACCCAACAUCCUGGAGAACAAUGAGGCCCUGGAACUGCUGAAGACAGCUAUCCAGGCAGCUGGUUACCCAGACAAGGUGGUAAUUGGCAUGGAUGUGGCAGCAUCUGAAUUUUAUCGCAAUGGGAAGUAUGAUCUUGACUUCAAGUCACCUGACGAUCCUGCCAGACAUAUCACUGGGGAGAAGCUUGGAGAGCUGUACAAGAACUUUAUCAAGAACUAUCCAGUGGUCUCCAUUGAGGACCCCUUUGACCAGGAUGAUUGGGGUACAUGGGCCUCAUUUCUCUCAGGAGUGGACAUCCAGAUUGUGGGGGAUGACCUCACGGUCACCAAUCCCAAAAGGAUUGCCCAGGCUGUUGAGAAGAAAGCCUGCAACUGCUUACUUCUGAAGGUCAACCAGAUUGGCUCAGUGACUGAGUCCAUCCAGGCCUGCAAACUGGCACAAUCUAAUGGCUGGGGAGUAAUGGUGAGCCACCGCUCUGGGGAAACUGAGGAUACAUUCAUUGCUGACCUCGUCGUGGGGCUCUGCACAGGACAGAUCAAGACUGGUGCCCCUUGCCGCUCAGAGCGCCUGGCAAAAUACAACCAACUCAUGAGGAUUGAGGAGGCUCUUGGAGACAAAGCUGUCUUUGCUGGACGAAAGUUCCGUAACCCAAAGGCCAAGUAAAAAGCUGAAAGACCAGACCUCACAGGACAGAUGCAGGCCUUCAAGCCCUUCUCCCUGAAAUAAACAUGGG